CAAAACCCAGCCACCACCGACAGCCCUCCCUUGAAGAAAAACCGGUAAAAGCUUGGGGAUUUCUCCUUCUUUUCUUGCUCUAAAACACAUAUAGAACCCAGAAGCUUUCCCCCCUGCAGAAAAUUUCCAGAUCUGCUCUGCUCUGUCUGCACCGCCUGCUGCUAUGUGGGUGGGUGAUUUUUGGACUUUUUUCGCCCGUGAGUUUCCUGCAGAUCCCAUCGGCUCUUCCCCAAACCCGCCAGCUCCAGCCUUGCUUGCUGAAAUUCUGCUGGUUGAGAAAUUUGUUCUGUUUGUCACACGACCAGUGGAAGAUGGGCAACCCUCUACUCUGUAAGAGAUGCAAGGCUAUUUUAGCAAAUGUUGUGUUUUCUAGAUGCAUUUUAGGAGCUAGAUAACUUGGUAAUUUCGCUGCUCAUUAUCUUUCUAUAAGUCUUAUAGUGAAGUUUCACUUUUUCCAUUUGGAGCUUCAUGGUCUUUUCAUGUGGCUCAUUUUUUUUAUAUUGGUUAAUCAAGAGCAAUGAUCAUUCAAUUGAAAUUGUCAUGCUUUUGUGAAGAUUGGCAAGCUGUCAUAAAGUUAAACUCUCUAUUGUUGCUAAUCUCUACAUUCUUGAUACUUGGAAACUACUUAAAACUAUUGAAAUCCAUCUUGAGUCUUUCUUGAGAUUGCUUUGUACUUGUUCUUGAAACUAAAAUCCAAAGGAAAUGGAUAAUGAUUAUUGAAAUCCUCAUUAUCUUGAUACUUGUCUGAAAUUAAUUAUUGCAUUGUUCUUGGAAUCUUAUCUCGAACCUUACUUGGAGUAAAAUCAUGCUAGCAUCCUUUUCUUGAAAAUCAAUUGAUAUUUGGUUUUUGGAAUCUAUUUUGAAUUGUCCUUAAAAACCAUUCUCGUCUUGACUCUUGUUCUUGCUCAAAUUCUGUAUACUGCUCUUGUUCAAAUCCUGUAUACUGCUUUUGCUCAAAUCCUGCAUAUUCUGCUAGUUCUUAUUUUAGUAUACCUGUUGAUCUUCUUGAUUCUUGAUUUUUUGUUCAUAUGGACACCUCUUUAGGAGGGGUGAUGAUUAUUAGAAAAUACCUAUAUGAGGUAUCCUAAUUCUUGUCUCCUGCAAGUGUUAAUCUUUGUAUUCUUAAUGUCUUAGCUUUGACUUGACUCUAGGAUGUCUAGGAUGACUUGAUGGUAAAUUUGCUUAGCCUCCAUGGGCUACGAGGUGAAGGGGUAGUCUUUGAAGUACUUGAUGCCCUGGAGUUUUGCUCCAAGCGAAAUGGUUCUUUUAUCUGGCUACUUUGAUUUUUGUUUGCCUUUUUAAUUAAAAGACAGUAAUCUU